AGUCUCCAAUGAAAGUGGCAACUGAGUACAUCAAGGUUCACGUACGGAGCCUUUUUUAUAUUGUAAUUUCUAGUGUGUAACAAAAAAAAAACUUUGCUCUUUUUUUUUGGCUUAGAAAGCACAAAAUAAGGAAGAAACGAAAUAUUAAUUACCAAAAAUGGUAGACAGACGUAUGGAUACGUUUGUGACGCAACUACCAACGAUUGGUACCAUCGAUGGGUUCGAUCUCAUUUCGGAUUUCAUUGAUGGUCGACUAAAUUACAGUGUGAACAGCAGCACAGAAGAUACGGACUCACCACCAGAGCUCAAUAUGUACAAAGUAGUGAUUCUAUCGAUUGUCGGCUCAAUCUUGAGCCUUCUUACCGUAGCUGGGAAUGUUAUGGUCAUGAUUAGCUUUAAGAUCGACAAACAAUUGCAAACAAUCAGCAAUUACUUCCUAUUCUCACUUGCAAUUGCUGAUUUUGCUAUCGGCCUCAUCUCAAUGCCACUCUUCACUGUGACCACUUUAUUGGGUUACUGGCCAUUGGGGCCACAUAUUUGUGACACGUGGCUAGCACUGGAUUACCUCGCAUCGAAUGCAUCAGUGCUCAAUUUGCUCAUAAUCAGCUUUGAUCGCUACUUUAGUGUCACACGACCACUUACAUAUCGGGCAAAACGGACAACAUCUAGAGCUGCAUUCAUGAUUGGAUCCGCAUGGGGUAUAAGCUUAUUGCUCUGGCCACCCUGGAUAUACAGCUGGCCGUACAUCGAGGGAAAGAGGACAGUGCCCCAGAAUGAAUGUUACAUUCAAUUCAUCGAAACUAAUCACUACAUUACAUUCGGCACCGCCAUUGCUGCAUUUUACGUGCCUGUAACCGUCAUGUGUUUUCUCUACUAUCGCAUUUGGCGCGAAACAAAGAAACGACAAAAGGAUCUUCCUAAUCUACAGGCUGGCAAGAAGGAUUCAUCAAAGAGAUCAAACUCAAGCGACGAAAAUACCGCAGUUAAUUAUUCCGGAGGAAUGCCUGCGACCCAAGUUGGAGCCCCAGAAACGGAGGGAUGGAGAAGACCACGAUCAGAAUCAUCGGCUGACGCUGAAAGUGUCUACAUGACUAAUGCUGUCCUUUCGGACUCAGCAUACGCCCAUGGCACCCUCUCACGCCGAUCAAGUACGGCAACAAGCGGCAUCCCCAACAAACCACAGAGUUGUCUUGGCAGUGUAAAAGACUGGUGCAUUGCAUGGUGGCAUUCGGGGCGAGAAGAUUCGGAAGAUUAUGGAUACGAAGCGGAGGAUCCAUCAGAUUUAGGGUAUGCAACACCUGUAUCCAUAGAAACUCCUUUACAGAGCUCCGUUUCCAGAUGUACAUCCUUAAAUGUUAUCCGUGAUCCUUAUGCAACGGCACGCCCAGGUCUCGUGGCGGUGAUACCAGAUGUCUCACCAACACCCCUGCGAACAUCAAUGGUGCCUAUGUCGCAGCUGCCGGAGAUCCAGGCUGGGGCACGUGAUUCGCGUUCCCUGCCCACGCCCAAUCGCAUGGGGUCACGAUCCGUAAGUCAAGAUAGUGUGUAUACAAUUUUAAUUAGACUCCCACCGGAUGGUGGGCAGGGUGAUGAGAAGGCGCCCUCAAUCAAAAUGAUCCAAGAUGAUGUUCCCCUACCGCUGGUCGGAGGACCCCCACGGCGUCCACUGCCGUCGCGUGAUUCCGAGUACAGCCUACCCCUUGGGCGGCGUUUGAGUCAUGCACCAGAUGUGCGUAUUCCACUGAAUGCCAAAAUCAUCCCCAAAACGUACCCAGCGACAAAAGCUCAUGCGCCCCCGCGAACGGCAAAAAAGAAGAAGAAAUCCCAAGAGAAGCGUCAAGAGACAAAGGCCGCAAAGACACUCAGUGCCAUUCUUCUUAGUUUCAUCAUAACGUGGACACCAUAUAAUAUUUUGGUGCUACUAAAACCCCUCACGGCGUGCACAAAGUGCAUCCCACAGGAGCUGUGGGACUUUUUCUAUGCGCUAUGCUACAUUAAUUCAACCAUUAAUCCCGUGUGCUAUGCCCUCUGCAAUGCCUCCUUCCGGCGUACAUACGUCCGCAUCCUAACGUGUAAAUGGCACACGCGGAAUCGCGAAGCGAUGACAAGGGGUGUUUAUAAUUGAAAUUUUCCACCGCAAGUCCUUGUGACUGCGGUGCCAUUGUUAAAAGAUGAUCCUUUUGGACCACAUUCAUGUGCACUCCAUUGUAUCAUCUAUACACGUUUCAGAUGAUUUUAAUACCAACCUAGUUAUUUUUUUCUACACAAUCUAAGUGAAAAAUAAUAAAAUAAGGCUUUAAAAUCUUUAAAAAAAAAAGUUUUUUAACCCUUAAAGGAUCAUAAUUUGAAAAUUCUCUUGAAACAAAAUGAAAAAAAAAAUAACGAAAAUUUUCCAAUGAUCCUUAAAGGGUAAAUGCAAAGAUUAAAAUAAAAAAAAAAUGAACUUUCGUAACAAAAUAAAUUUUAAAGUCUAAUUUCAUUAUUUUUAGCAAUGAAACUGUAGAAUAGAAAAUUCUGUUUAUAUAUUUAUUUUUUUACCUUAGGGGAGAAUGGCCCGAAUUCCGACCUCUUGAGCUUAAUUUUAUUUAAAUUACUUUAAAAAAUCAUGUAGAUCGCAAGGAAGUGUUUUUUUUUAGUAUCUUAACUCCAUAAAGGUUUCGACAAAUCAAGCAUUUCUUUAGAGGACAAAAAGAAUUACUUUUAGGUUAAAAAAUAUCAAAUAUUAAGAAAAACGUCUUCAAAGUUAGAAAAUUACGUCAAACUUUAGGAAAGAAACGUCAAAAUUUAGGAAACCUGUCUAACGUGAAAAAUUAAUGUUAAACAUACAAUUAAACCCCAUACGUUAGAAAAAAAAGUAGGUACAUAUGUACAUCAAACAUUAAAAAAGUAACGUAAAACAUUGGAAUUGCUCAAAAAUAAAUUAAAACGUUAAUAAACCGUCGAUAUGGUUUAAUAUUCAUAAUUUUUAUACCUAAACCUUUAACGCCUAAAUCGUUUUCUUUAAUCCAGACAAAAUUAAUUUGACUAGAAUACUUUAUGCUUACAUUUGUCAAUACACCAACUAAUACGAAAGAAUAAUAUUUUAAAAAUAUUUAGCUUGGAACCAGCUUUAAUAUAAAAAAAAACCUUACAGGGUCAGAUUUGGGUCAUUCUCCUCUAUGUAAAAAGCUCACUUAUCCAAUAAAAGUUUUUAAUUGGGUUUCCCUUUCGUGAGGAAAUAAAUAUUUAUCACUUUAAAUGGAAUUAAGAGAGUUAAAGAGUUGGACGUGUACAAUUUUCCAGGAAUUUUCCAAGAAUUUUGUGGGAACUAUUUUUUGUGAUUUUUUUUCACACAAUAAUAUAGCAAAAAAAUAUAUAUUCGAUUGGUUUAAAAAAUUAUAAAUAUAUGACAAAAUAACUUUAAAAAAAACGAUGGAAUUGUUAAGUGUGUUAACCUGAUGUGAAAGAAACAUUUCGAAUGUUUUUUAAAAAAAAUCUACUAAAAGCUCCAACUCUUUGUACGACCAAAAGGCCUUUUUUUAAAUUUAUUUUUUCCAUAUAAGUAAUAAUAAAAUUAUCUUUUUAGUAUAAUUGUUACCUAUUUAAAGCUCCAUUUCUCCCAAAACGAUCAAGUGAGAGAAAUAAGAAAAAAAACGAUUGAAAAAAUCUUAAAUCUUGCAAAAUUUAGGGAAAACAUUGAAAUUAUGUAAUUAAAUAUAUUUAAUGUAUAAAAAGAAAAAAAAAUACAAAGAAAAACAACUUGUACUGUAACGUUUUAUAUUAUUUCACUGAUCUCUAAAAUACAUUGAAGUGAUUGUUGAAUUAUGUACAACGGAUUGACGCGUCUAAAAGGACGUUAUUUUGUGAUUUAAAAAGAUAUUAUUUCUUCUGAAUUAAUUAAUUUACGUUAAUCUGUAGGUUUAACAGACAUUUUUUGAAGAAAAAAAAAAGGAUUUGCGAAAUGGAAAUGCAUGGUAAUGUUUUGUAAAAGAAGUUUUAAAAAAAAGUAAUAUUGAAAAUAAUAACAAGAAAAAAACCGAAUUCUAGAUUUUAUAUAUUUUUUAAAGUAAUGAAUUACUCGUUUAGAUUAAAAAUCGAUCUUACCAGAAACUUUUCAGUGAUUGAUAUGCGUAUUUAGAUAUAAAUGCUUAUAAAUAUUAAACGUAGUACCUAAAUAGAUGAAUCCUCAAAAGGUAUAAGAAGAAAAAAGAUGAAAACCACCUACAAAAAUUUAAUUAAAUAUAUACAAACAUAGGUACAUUGUGUGGUGUGUGUAUUACAACAACAAAAACAAAUGAAAGUGUAAAUAAGAAAAAUAUAGAAUUUAUAGUUUAAGCUUUAUUUUCUCACCUCUAUUGUUUUUUUUUUAAUAAUUCACAAGAUCGUUAAAAAGUAUGGUCAAAGAAAUUGGAAAGUUGUUUGAUUAAGUUAUAAUGGUGCCUCAUACUUGUACUUAAAUACAUUGUUCUAAAAUGAAGUGAUCCACUUGGAAAGCUCACUAGAAAUCGUAAAGGAAAACAUAAAGUCGUAAUAGUUUUUACGCUUCCUACUCAAUUCUUUAACAUGUUUAAGGAAUUUACGUACAAAAAUCUCGAAAAAAUGUAAACUGUGAGCAAACGCAUGUCUGAAAAGCUUUCCAACUUUUUCUUAAUAAAAAAAAAAGUUGGAUAAUUUUAUCCAAAAAAAAUCAUUUAACCCUUGGAGGGUUUGGCUGGCCAAAGUGGCCAAUUAGACAUUUUAGCUGUGUUUCUUUCAGACACAGCUUUUGUGUACCGAGCAAAAUCGAAAGUCGUCAGAUCGGGCUCAAACUUGGGAUGAGCACGAAUUAGGGUCCCCACAUUCCAAAAAACGUAUGCGCCAAAAAAUUUUUUUUUCCGGCCGGCCGGCCGUCCGGCCGUCCGGCCGGCCGGCCGGAGUAUAACCCUAAAUUGCGAGAGAACGGUGAUAGAUAGAGACUUGCGGUAAACGGCAAAGUUUAAAUAUCGACUGGAAGACAUCCGAUUAUGACGUCAAAUUUUACCCCCCUCCCCUCCGUCCGCCAUUUUGGAUAACCUCAAAAUUUUGUUUUCGCUAUAUCUCAGCCCCUGUAAUAGCUAAAAAUCUGAAAUUUUUAUAUGUUGUAGGGGAUAUCAAUACCUUUCCAACGAUACCACAUUUUCGAAAAUCGGUCAAGCCGUUUAGUCAAUAUGGCCGCCACAAUUUUUCAUCGAAAAUCGACCAUAACUCGAAAACGGCUUGACCGAUUUUGAUCAACCCGGGCUCAAAUGAAAGCUCUCAACAAACCCUACAACUCUCUAGAACAUCCGAAGUUUCAAAAGUGACCGCUAGGGGGCCAAAAAUCAAAAACAAAAUUUUCGAUGAGUUUUCGAUGAAUAUCUCGAAAACGACGACAUAAAUUUUCUUCAUUUUUUGAUAUGUUAUAGCUGACCAUAUUAUCUAGCUCCAUGCCAAAAAUGAAGAAAAUCUAUGGAUCCGUUCUCGAGAUAUAGCCCUCCAAAGUUGGUAUGUCAUAUUUCGAGUUCUACAAUUCCGAUUUCGAUCAACUCAAGCGCAAAUGAAAGGUUUCGUGAAACCCUACAAAUGUCUAGAACAUUGCAACUUCGAGAAAUGACCGCAAGAGGCGCUAAACUCGAAAACAAAGUUUUCGAAAAUUUCGAACUCGAAUUUUUCGAAAAUGGCGACAUAAAUUUUUCUCAUUUUUCGAUAUGUUAUAGCUGACUUCAAGACCUUUCAAACAAAAAAAAAUUUAUGAAAAUCUAUGGAUCCGUUCUCGAGAUAUGGCCUUCUAAAGAUUUCUUAGAGUAUGACUUUUCUACUUUUCCCGACUUUACGCGUUUUUAAACUAAUUUGCGUUCUAUUUUGCUCUCACAAAAUUGGUACACUGAAAGAAACACAGCUCUCGUAAGCUUGGUCAGCUUACCAGU